CCGCUCUCCCCAGCGAUCCCCCGAGGGCUGGGCCGGCGCAUGCGCGCUGGGCGGGAUCCGGGUACUUGUCAGGAUGAGAGCUGCUUUCCAAGAUGGCGGCGGAGGGAGGAGGGAAGGAAAUGAACGAAAUUAAGACCCAGUUCACCACCCGGGAAGGCCUCUACAAGCUCCUCUCUCACUCCGAGUACAGCCGCCCCAACCGGGUGCCCUUCAACUCGCAGGGCUCCAACCCCGUCAAGGUUUCCUUCGUCAACGUCAACGACCAGUCCGGGAACGGGGAGAGGAUCUGCUUCAAUGUGGGCCGAGAGCUCUACUUCUACAUCUACAAGGGCGUCAGGAAGGCAGCUGACUUGAGCAAACCUAUAGACAAGCGGAUAUACAAAGGGACGCAGCCCACGUGUCAUGACUUCAACCAUCUCACAGCGACGGCCGAGAGCGUCUCCCUGCUGGUCGGGUUCUCCGCGGGCCAGGUCCAACUCAUAGACCCCAUCAAAAAGGAGACCAGCAAGUUAUUUAAUGAGGAGAGGCUAAUAGACAAGUCCAGAGUCACUUGUGUAAAAUGGGUCCCAGGCUCCGAAAGUCUCUUCCUUGUAGCUCAUUCCAGUGGGAACAUGUACUUGUAUAAUGUGGAACACACGUGUGGCACCACGGCCCCCCAUUAUCAGCUACUUAAGCAAGGAGAAAGUUUUGCCGUACAUACGUGCAAAAGCAAGUCGACACGGAACCCCCUGCUGAAAUGGACUGUCGGAGAGGGGGCCCUCAACGAGUUUGCCUUUUCCCCGGACGGGAAGUUCUUGGCUUGCGUGAGCCAGGACGGCUUUCUCAGAGUGUUCAACUUUGAUUCUGUGGAGCUGCACGGUACUAUGAAGAGUUAUUUUGGGGGACUUCUCUGUGUGUGUUGGAGCCCUGAUGGCAAGUACAUUGUAACCGGCGGAGAGGAUGACUUGGUAACCGUGUGGUCGUUUGUUGACUGCCGUGUAAUAGCCAGAGGUCAGGGACACAAGUCUUGGGUCAGUGUGGUGGCCUUUGACCCUAAUACCACUAGUGUAGAGGAAACGGAUCCUAUGGAGUUCAGUGGGAGUGAUGAAGAUUUCCAGGAACUGAUCAGCUUUGGUAGAGAUAGGGCCAACAGUACACAGUCAAGAUUGUCCAAAAGGAACUCUACCGACAGUCGGCCGGUUAGCGUUACUUACAGGUUUGGCUCGGUAGGCCAGGACACGCAGCUGUGUUUAUGGGACCUUACAGAAGACAUCCUUUUUCCUCAUCAGCCUUUGUCAAGAACAAGGACACAUACCAACGUAAUGAAUGCCACGAGUCCUCCCGCGGGAAGCGGACCUGCAAACCCAGGCAGCAACGGCAACAGCGUCACAACGCCAGGGAAUGCUAUACCUCCCCCCCUGCCUAGGUCCAACAGCCUUCCCCACUCUGCCGUGUCCAACACCGGCAGCAAAAGCAGCGUGGACAGCGCCAUCGCGUCCGGCGUCAGCAAGUUCGCCACUCUGUCCAUUCACGACCGCAAGGAAAGGCAUCACGACAAAGACCACAAGCGCAAUCACAGUAUGGGACAUAUAACCAGCAAGAGUAGCGACAAACUCAACCUAGUUACUAAAAACAAAACGGACCCUGCUAAAACAUUGGGGACCCCUCUUUGCCCCCGGAUGGAAGACGUUCCUUUGUUAGAGCCUCUUAUCUGUAAAAAGAUAGCACACGAGAGACUAACUGUGCUUAUUUUUCUUGAAGACUGUAUAGUCACUGCUUGUCAGGAAGGAUUUAUUUGCACAUGGGCCAGGCCUGGUAAAGUGGGUUUAUUAUCAUCCCAAAACCAAGCGAAUUCUCCAAGUGGGACUGUAGUAUAGUCCAUCAUAUUACUGCUAGCAAAACAUACACAACAGGACCAGACGUAAUGACAGAGGAACCAGGAGCUGUUCUUCAGCCUCGGCAGAAUGCUAAUGCGGAUUUCUAUUAUAAAUAAUAAAAAUCCAAAACACACUAAUUCCAAGUAUGAUUGCGAGAGAGUCUCUGAGCAUCGUCUGCUCAUCAUCAUGAAUACUUACCCAAGAGGUUCUCGACAAAAAUGUGUGUGUAUAUAUAAUUUAUAGAGAAGCGGGGGGGGAAAUAAUUAAUAAAUAUAUAUAUAUAUAUAUAUAUAUUUCUUCCGCUUCUUUAGACGUUAGUGAAAUUAAAUAGUACAUUCAUUCCUUCUUGCUUUAUACUACAACUUUUAAUGUAAUUUAAUCUUUAUAAAUAUAAUGUAAAAUAAAAUGUUUAUUGAAAAUCCCCAGUAAAUUAUUAUUUUUUUUUAUAGAUGGUUUAUUAAGAAUUAAUUCACCAUUGUGUGUAUUGCACUGAUGUCUGAACCUACAGUGGGUAGAUGAGUCUGGAAAUGCACUUGACAAGAAAGCAAGUCACUGACUUGAAUUGUAAUUCAGGAAAAUGUAAGCUGCAAUUUUAGUUAUGUUUUUUUUUUUAAUUAAAAGAAAUAAAAAAAAAAAUUUGUUUGCACUUAAAAUAGCUAAUCAGAUUUUGAGAAUUUACUUUGGGUGUAUAAAACCCCCAGGGGGAAGGAAACUGUUGUGAAGAUAAAUAUACUUUGUAUCUAUUAAACAUUUAUUUUAAUAUUGUGGUUUCUAAUGAUGCCGAUGUAUUAUAUGUACAAAUAAUGUCAUUCAGUGGCUGGCUAAGGGGAGUUUAAUCAUUACACUAGUCAUUUUCAUUAUAUGAAAAUAGUGAUUUCUAAUUAAAAAAUACUUAUUAAUAUUAAAA